AUGCUAGUGGAAGGACGAUGUGCUUCAACGGAAUUUCCACCAGACCGCUUGAAUAUCGACGCCUAUCACAACCCAGACACAAGUCGGCUUGACACCUUGUCUAUGCGUGGGGGUCAUUUCAUGACUGAGGAUCUCGGUCUUUUCGAUGCCCCGUUCUUUUCAAUCACGGCUGCGGAGGCCGAGGCCAUGGAGCCUCAACAGCGACUUGUUCUGGAAGCUGCCUAUCGGGCACUAGAGAAUGCUGGUUUGACCAUGAAGAACAUCGCAAAAUCAAAGACCUGUGUAUUCGCUGGUUCGACCGGCCAUGACUACCUCAUGCUGAACGUGAAGGACCCACAAUAUCUUCAGAAAUGGGACAUAACGGGAACAACUUCUAACAUGGUACCAAACCGUGUCAGUUGGUUCUUUGACCUAGUUGGCCCCAGUGCUGCAAUUGACACCGCAUGCUCAAGCAGCUUGAUGGCUCUUGACAUGACUUGUCAAUCUAUCUGGAGUGGGGACUCUACCAUGGGCUUGGCUGUUGGAAGUAACAUUCUUCUUUCACUGGAAACCACUCUCAUGAUGGACAACUUGGGCCUUCUUUCAAAAGAUAGUAGAUGUCACAGCUUUGACUCCCGCGGAAAUGGGUAUGCUCGCGGCGAAGGAGUUGGUGUUCUUGUCAUAAAGCCCCUAGCAGAUGCCUUGCGCGAUGGAGAUACCAUCCGAUCUGUUAUUCGGGCUUCGGCGUCAAAUCAGGAUGGACGAACUCCCGGUAUCACACAACCAAGUCCUGAGCUUCAAGCUCAAUUGAUUCAAGACACAUACCGGAAAGAAGGACUAGACAUGGCAGCCACGCGGUAUUUCGAGGCGCAUGGAACGGGAACCGCUGUCGGAGACCCCAUCGAAGUCAAAGCGAUCGGAUCUAUUUUUCGGGAGCAUCGCUCACCCAGCGACCCCUUGUAUAUUGGCUCGGUAAAAUCAAAUAUCGGGCAUUUGGAAGGAGGAAGUGGUGUUGCUGGAGUCAUUAAAACUGUUUUGGCUUUGGAGAAGGGGAUUAUUCCCCCCAACAGCGUGAACCUGCAGACCCUCAAUCCCAGGAUAGACGAUUCUUUCUUUAACAUCAAAUUUCCCCAAACUGCCCUCCCCUGGCCAUCGGAGGGACUUCGGCGUGCAUCUGUCAGCUCUUUUGGCUACGGAGGCUCUAAUACGCACAUUGUGCUGGAUGAUGCCUAUAACUACCUCAAGCUGAACAACCUGCAGGGUAAUUGCAACUCAAUGAUCCCUAAUCAAUCAACCAUGUGCAAGGACCACGGGGCUUCUGAGGUGCAGGAUGUUGAUUCUGGGGAGCCAGGCUGGGUAUCAGUUCAGAAGAGCUCAGAUGAAUCUCCCAAGCUACUUGUUUGGUCGACGGCAGAUGAGAAGGGCGUGACUCGUCUUCGAGAGACAUGGGAAUCGCAUUUCUCUCCCACUUCGACUGUAGAGAGCCAGGAGCCGGCGUUCCUGAAUAAUUUGGCGUAUACAUUGGCAUCAAGAAGAACUCACCAUCCAUGGAGAACCUUCGUUGUCUCCGACCCGUCAAAUACCUGGGCCACGAUUUUCGAAAAGUUCGCCCCCGCGUCGCAGGCUCGCGUUUCACCAAAUAUGGCAAUGAUCUUCUCCGGGCAAGGAGCGCAAUGGUUUGCGAUGGGUCGCCAACUGCUGGAUGUGUAUCCUGUCUUCCUACAGAGCAUCGAGGAGGCCGGCAAGUUUCUUCGAUCCCUGGGGUGUGAAUGGACUCCAAUUGAGGAGCUCAAACGCAGCGAGUCUACCUCCAAUGUGAAUAAGACCGAGUACAGCCAGAUUUUGUGUACCAUCGUGCAAGUGGCUUUGGUUGACUUGCUUCGCUUCUUGAAUCUGGUUCCCGCAGCGGUGCUUGGUCAUUCCUCUGGGGAGGUCGCAGCGGCUUACUGUGCGCGAGGAAUCAAUCGGCAGUCUGCCUGGAAGGUUUCGUACUACCGAGGCAACCUCAGUAGCACAUUGGAAAACUCAAGCGAUUUCAAGGGCUCCAUGCUUGCCGUCGCCCUCUCAGAGCAAGAUGCAAACUCCUAUAUUGAGAAAGCUGCCCAUCAGUUCGAGGUUCUCCAUUUAAGUGUCGGGUGCAUCAACAGCCCAAAAAGUGUGACUGUUACUGGAGAAGCCACUCAACUAGACGCCCUCAAAUUGAUGUUGGACGCAGACAAUAUAUUUUGCCGAAGGCUCAAGGUCAACCUGGCUUACCAUUCCUCCCAAAUGCGAGAAAUUGCUGGGCGAUACCUUGAAGCUUUGGGAGAACUGGAAGCCGAUUACCCGGGCCACAGAGAUUGCCCAGAGAUGGUGUCUUCUAUCACGGGUCGUUGGAUUGAACGGGGAGAGGCCGCCAAGUCUUCUCACUGGGCAAACAACAUGAUUUCUCCAGUGCGUUUCUCUGAUGGACUUGCUGUUCUCUGUGGAGGCGCAAGCUCGAAUUCCCACAAGAAACUGGACGGUAGCCAUCGCAGAACAAGGGCGAUAGAUCAUAUCGUCGAGGUUGGGCCACAUUCUGUUCUGCAAGGUGCUUGCAAGGACAUUCUCAAAGGCAUCCAGAGCCAAAGGCCCACCGAAUACCUUUCUCUCUUGGUGCGAAACAUCUCGGCAGUAGAUACUGCGUUCUCUGUCUUCGGAAAUCUGUUCGCCGCCGGUUAUCCAAUUGAUUUGAUGCGGGUGAACGGGCAGGGAUCUGCUGAGGGUUGUACAACUCUCAAGUCCUUGUCAGACCUGCCAGCCUAUCCAUUCAACCAUGAGACUAAAUACUGGCAUGAAAGUGAUAUCAGCAAGAAUCACCGCCUUCGAAAGGUUGGUCGGCACGAUUUGGUCGGCGUCCCUGACCCGAGCUGUAAUCCCUUUGAGAGGCGGUGGAGACACUUCUUGCGUGUUUCCGAGAUGCCCUGGAUCAAAGAUCAUCAGAUUGACGGCUCAAUCCUCUAUCCCGGCGCAGGCAUGUUAGUCAUGGCGAUUGAGGCUGCCAAGCAGGUUGCGGAGCCAGGUAGGAUCAUCGACGGGUUCAAUGCACAGGAGGUCAAGUUUCUUGCCGCGAUGAGAGUCCCCAACAAUGCCCACGGACUCGAAUCCAGUCUCUCUCUGAGACCCGUGAAAGGUCUCGAGUCCAAAUCAUCCGGCUGGUUUGAGUUCCGUGUUUGCACAUACGAAAGCGAGGCAUGGACGGAGAACUGUACAGGAAUCAUACAAGUUAUGUAUGCUCCGAACGACGCUGACUCCAAUAUCGAGAAGCGACACAAAGAGGAGUUGUGGAACAAUCAAUUUCAAGGCUACUCGGAAGCAGUCACCGCAUGCACGUUACCGGUCAAUGGCUCGUCUUUGUAUGAACGCUUGCAAAAGUCGGGUUACGGAUAUGGUGAAGCCUUCCAGUUGGUGAAAUAUGUCUCACUUGGUCCUCAGCAGUCGCAAGUAGUCGCCGAUGUGCAAAGGUUUUCAUCUUCGGCAGGCGAAACAAUCCAUCCAACCACUCUGGAUGCCAUUCUGCAAACCUCGAUUUGGACGACAGUGGACGCUGAAGCGGAGGAGAUUCCAACCGCAAUUCCAACAUCUAUUGAUAGUCUGUGGGUCUCCAGCAGAUUCCUCCAAGCUCCAUCAUCAAAUAUUUUGAAGACAUAUGCGACUAAGAGUGAGGAGUCGACCUUCCUUGGUGCGUCUGUUGAUAUCAUUGCGCUCGACGAGCCGCUGAAUCAAGCCCUUGUGUCUGUCCAGGGACUGGGAACUAGCAUUGUUAGUGAGCCCGAGAGUGUUCAGAAUGCAGUAGGAACAACUGGAGACAUCUGUCAUCGAUUUGAGUGGAAACCAGAUCCCAAUCUGCUAUCCAAAACAGAUCUGAGAGACCUUUGUACACAAGGUGCCUGUGACGUGUCGGAUCUCGCAGACGAGUAUAGGGACUUGGAUUUCGUGAUAAUGUCGCGCGUCAUUGAAACACUUCAAGCUCUAUCUGAGCAGGCCAUCCACUUCUCGAAACCACACCUUCAAAAGUAUGUGGACUGGAUGAAGCAUCAACAAAGUCUUCUCGCUGAGCCAAGCUUCUGGCUGUCCGAUGAAACCUGGAAAGCCAGGCUCGCUGAUUCUAGUUACGUUCGUGAGGUCGAAUCCCGUGUGAUGAGUCGGAACAAUCGCGGGGCUCUCUUUGUGACUUUUGGUCGCGACUUGCUCAAACUCCUGGCAGGCGAGACAGCCCCUUCAGAUCAUCUGUUGCAAAGCGAAAAGAUGAAAGAGCUCUACAUGGAAGAGUUCCAUGAGUCGUUUGGCAUCAAGCAUUUCCACCGCUAUCUUGACCUUUUGGCUCAUUCCAAUCCCAGGAUGAAGAUUCUCGAGAUUGAAGCUGGCGCCGGGUCCAUGACUGAUGUCAUGAUCCAAAUGCUGGGGACUGAUAAUGAAAGCAGACAUCGAAAGUACGCUCAGUGGGACUACACUGACACGUCCGAUUCUUUCUUUGCUGGUGCUCAGGAUCGAUUCCGUUCGGAAGCCAGUAGAAUGAACUUCAAAAAGCUCGAUAUCGAGAAGGACCCCAACAGCCAGGACUUUGAAUGUGGGACCUACGAUUUGGUUGUUGCCAGCCUUGCACUUCAUGCGAGCAAAAGCCUCAAGAAGGCAUUGUGCAAUGCUCGUAAGCUUCUGAAGCCGGGUGGCAAGCUGCUAAUGUACGAAAUCACUGCCUCUGAACAACGUUCAACAUUGAUCUCUGGACUUGCUGAAGAUUGGUGGUCAAGCUCGGAGCCAUAUCGCGAAAUGGGCCCAUGUGUGACGGAGCAAAAAUGGAACGAACUGCUAAUCGAGGCCGGGUUCUCUGGAUUGGAUCUUUCUUUGCCAGACUUUGGAGGCCUCGUCUGCCACGAGUGCAGUAUAUUAGUCUCGACAGCAGUUGAGAAGUCAACGACAGGUUGCCAGGAACCAGAGAUUGAGAUCGUCUACAACGAUUCUGAGUCUGCUCAGCGGGAUCUGACAGGCCACCUUGUCAAAGAGCUCGAAACCAUCUUCAAAAGCCCAAUUCGUCGCUCCACGAUUCAACAGGCUCUGGAAUACCAGCCUAACGGUCCAUUGCUUCGAGUCAUCCUUCUGGAAUUGCAGGCCUCUGUCUUAUCCGACAUCCAGCCUGAGCUCUUUGGUCAACUUCAAAAUCUCCUUUCCUCAACGGAGCACAUCCUAUGGGUUAACCAAGGUGGAGGUAUAUUCCCCUCUCGGCCUCAGUCUCGUCUUGCGGAAGGAAUGUUCCGUGUUUUGAAGACGGAGAACAGUAAGAGAAGACAUCACUUGUUGUCGCUCGAGCCUCAGUCCUCUCUCACGAAAGGUCAAUAUAAUCACGUCGUAAAUCUGGUCAAAUAUUUAUCAUCUCCAGCGGCUGAAAAUGCGGACAUGGAGUACAUUGAACACGAAAGUGUUUUGAAUGUUCCUCGCGUACUCCCCGCCAACACAUUGAAUGAGGAAAUCUGUCUCAUGGCUAGCUCUCACCAGUCCAAAAUCCAGGAUUUCGAUUGCCAGGUUCCAUUGAGCUUGAAUGCCGCAUCUCCCGGGCUCCUUGAUGGGUUUGAGUUCAUCGAGGAUGAGACGGCAAAUCUUCCUCUCGAGCCAGAUGAGGUGGAAGUCAAAGUCGAGUGUGCUGGGAUCAACUUCCGCGAUGUGUUAAUUGCGGUUGGACAACUGAAAGCCAGCCACACUGGAUCUGAGUGGUCCGGAACUAUCAGUCGCGUUGGCAAUGCAUGUACGAGAUUCCAAGUUGGAGAUUCUGUUGUUGGUUUGCACAAUGGCUGUUUCUCUACCUCAGUCCGCAUGCUUGAGAGUGGACCUAUCGUCAAGAUUCCAUCUGGUAUCUCUUUCUCGGAUGCGGCUGCGGUGUCGGUCAACUUUGCUACUUCAUACAUUGCAUUGCACAAUGUUGCGCGAAUUCAGUCCGGGGAAACCGUCUUGAUCCAUUCCGCAUCUGGAGGAACGGGACAAGCAGCAAUCCAAAUCGCGAAGAACGCCGGGGCCACGGUGUUUGCAACGGUUGGGUCCGAGAGCAAGAGGAAGCUUCUGAUGGAUGUUUACAAGAUUCCCGAAUCGAACAUAUUCUCUAGCCGAACCACACUGUUCUCCAAGAUGAUCAAACUCAGGACAGGUGGGAAAGGAGUCGAUGUCAUCCUCAACUCAUUAGCAGGUGAGAGUUUGCUUGCCUCAUGGAAAUGCAUUGCUCCGUAUGGCAGGUUCCUGGAGAUUGGAAAAAGAGACAUUCUCUCGAACCAAAAACUCCCAAUGCUCAAGUUCCUGGAUAAUGUCACAUUCAGUGGUGUCGAUCUGGCCGUCAUGUCAGUUGAGCGACCAGCUGUAUGCACCGCAGCCCUCAAUUCGGUGUUUACUUCAAUCCAAGAAGGCAAAUUGCAUCCCUCCCAGCCUAUCAACGUAUACGGUGUUGGGGAGAUGGAGAAGGCUUUCCGGAUCAUGCAGACCGGUCAACAUGUUGGUAAAAUGGUACUUGAGAUGCGUGCGCACGAUCAAGUCAAGGUAAUUUCUUUUCUUUGCAGUUGUAUCUCUGAGGUCGCUCACAUGAUUUUAGACUGUACUCAAGACGAGACCGGCUUUCUUCUUGGACUCAAAUGCAACAUUUGUGGUAUCCGGUGGCCUGGGGGAAUUGGCCGAAACAUUGUGUGUUGGCUAGCAGACCGGGGAGCUCGCCAUUUGCUUCUGCUGUCUCGAUCCGGCGGUCAAACGGAGAAGGGCAAGGAUAUAAUCCAACAUCUUGAAGGAAGGGGCGUCAAGGUCUCGGCUCCUAUAUGUGAUGUCUCAAACAAGGCAUCCGUUGAGGACGCUUUGCGGCAAUGUCGCUCAAGUAUGCCUCCCAUCAAAGGAUGCAUCCAAGCAGCCAUGGUCUUGAGAGAUGCUCUAUUCGAGGGCAUAUCUCAUAAAUCCUGGCAGGAGUCAAUCAGUCCUAAAGUUCAGGGUUCAUGGAACCUGCAUGAACUUCUUCCUCGAGAUAUGGACUUCUUUAUCAUGUUGUCCUCCAUUGCCGGGAUUCUGGGAACCACCGGACAAGCCAACUACGCGGCCGGAAACACUUUCCAAGACGCGCUGGCUCGACACCGGGUCGGACUUGGAGAGAAGGCAACCUCUUUGAAUUUGGGAGUGAUCGAUUUCGCUGGCGCAGUUGUUGAGGAUAUUCGACUCCGCGAAUUGUGGAUCAAGCAAAGCGAACUUCCUCCAGUGACUGAAGCGCACGUCCAUGGUCUCCUUUCCACCUACUGCGAUCCACGCAUCAGCGACCCCACUUCACUGGACUGUCAGGUGGUCGUUGGUCUAUCAUCCCAGGCAGUCUCUAGCAACGAUCAAUGGAGGAGGGAGCGACUCGUUCAGCAUCUCAUCGAAGACGAGAGUCAAGAUGGUGGCCAGCAAGAACAUUCGAGCAGCAGAGGCGCAACUUCGCUGCUACAAGCAGAAACCUUGGCCGAGGCAAAUCCCGCUGUCAUGGAGCUUUUCGUUCACAAGCUUUCGGCCGCUUUGGGCAUUGCAAGCGGGGAUAUUGAUGCCAAUAAGCCCUUGCAUCAAUACGGUGUGGACUCGCUUGUGGCGGUGGAGCUGCGGGGUUGGUUUUCUAAGGAGUUGCAGGCCGACUUGGGAGUCUUCGAGAUCAUCGGAGGAGCAACGGUGGCCUCGGUGGCGCAGAGCGCGGCGAGAAAGAGCAAGUUGGUGAAGGUGUCGGAGAAAUAA